AUGGGUGAAGUGGAUCAUGCGGACCAAGUGGAUCAACAAUGGCGCGUGCCAUUGCCUUCAUUGGUGCUGACCCAGUACAAAAUUUUGACCCGCGACAUCGACCUGCUGAUGGUGGAAAGAGAUGUAAAGGACGCGGGAAGCAGUGAGGCUUGCAGGGACUUCGCGACAGGUGGCGUGACAGCAACUGAAGGAGUUGUUGAGCAGAAGAGGCGGAAGCUGCUCAUGGGGCUCUUCGACACUCCUUAUUUGUCUUCUUCACAACUUCAAGGAUUCAGUUCAUAUAAGUACUCAUGCGUAGAUUCGAGCCCCAUAGCUGUGUAUAUCUCACAUCCAUUUUGGAACUGGAUAGUGCAGUUUUACCCUCGAAACUGGGCCCCGAAUGCGUUGACUCUUUUGGGUUGGGCCUUUGUGAUGGGCCUCUUCGUGUUUGAAACUGUUCUCGAUUAUGAUCUCACCGCAAACAAUGAUGGAUCUGAACACCCCAUUCCUAACUGGUUUUGGUUGAUCGCUGCAAUAUUCACAUGGAUUGGUUUCACCCUCGACGGCACAGACGGCAAGCAAGCUAGGCGCAUAGGAGCAUCAGGACCGACAGGGGAAUUGUUCGAUCACGGACUUGACUCAUGGUCGACUGUCCCGUUUACAAUAACAAUUUUCUCAGUUUUUGGAAGAGGAGAGUUUAGCGUCCCGUGUGUCCGCUUACUGGCAGUACUCAUAAGCGUGCAGGUUGUCUUUCUAGUCACUCACUGGGAGAAGUACAACACAGGAGUGUUGUUCCUUUCCUGGGGAUAUGAUGCUAGUCAAUAUAUGCUAACUUUCGUGUAUCUUUUCACCUACUUCGUUGGCUACAAAUGGUUCAAACGUUACGCGUUCGAGGGUAUUACUGUAGCUAUGGUUUUCGAAUCCAGCUUUUAUUUAGCUUGCAUGGUAUCUAUAUGCAUGUCAGCUUAUAACAUGUGGCAUUCCUACUCUAUAGAAAAAACUUUCAAGCAGCCAUCGCUCUAUGAGGCUUCUCGUCCAGUUUUCUCAAGCAUUGCUUUAUUCACGAUCUCAUUGGCAUGGGCUUCGCUUUCUCCAACAGAUGUUUGCUCGACGGAUCCUCGAGUAUUUUUCAUGGCUAUGGGCACCGUAUUCAGUAACAUCGCAUGCCGUUUGAUCAUCGCGCAGAUGACUAAUCAUCGCUGUGAAGUCAUGAACAUGUUGCUGGUGCUUUACGCAUUUUCUGCAGGACUGGCGAUGUUGAUGCCUUACAUGGAGCUUGUGAUUUUGCGACUUAUGUGUUUUCUCGUUAUUGCACUCCACGUGCAUUAUGGCAUUUGUGUGGUUCGCCAACUCUGUGAUCACUUUAAAAUCUACGCGUUCGACGUCUCCUAUCUGCAGAAGCAAUCGCAGCAAUAAAUCACAGAAUUUUCAAUAAUCUCGUGUCCAACACCAUCUCAAAACUUGCAAUAUAUGAUUCUAAACCGUUGCCCUCCAGGAUCUUAAUUAAUGUACGUAGUACCGCUAGUGUUUUAUUGUUGAUGAUCUUUGCUCAAGGCUGUGCUGGUUGUCUUUCUCCUUUGGACAUAGUAUUAGAUUUCUAAUAAAUUUUUUGUGUGUUC